GGAGAACCAAAUUGCGCUGGAUCUCCACCGCGCGGUCUCCGGUGAAUAUGCAGCCAACAACUUCAGUCCGAUGCCAUUUCGACAUUUGCUAUGACAGAGUCGCUCAGUAGACCUGCGUCCUUGCCGCCGCUCCAGCAAGUGACGCCGCAGUGGCUCUUCAAUCGCCUGCAGACACAAGGCGGACUCACCCUCGUAGACACGCGCGGCUUCAAAUGCUACGAGCACAGUCACAUCUGGUCCUUUAUGAAUCUGCCGCAGCCGUUGGUGACAUCGACGUCAAUGGUGACCGUCAUCACCAACGCUGGUGCGUCGCCGUCCCCCUUGUUUCUCUCGUCUGUGGAUGAUGUUUGUCCGCUAACCGACACGGCGCGACGGUCGUGGAACAAGCGAAAGCUCACCGACGUGGUGCUGUACGAUCACUUUGGCAUGUACACGCCGUCGUCGUGGCCCAUGCAGCUCGCGGUACUGUUGCUUCACGAGCGUGCCGUCACGUCCGUCAAGUUCCUUCGCGGCGGAAUGCAAGCGUUCCAGCGCGACUACCCGUUCAUGAUCACAGGCCGCAAGGAUCCAUAUCCGGUGUCGUCGUUGUCCACGCCGGUCAAGACCACGGUGGCCAUCGACUCGUUGCCCCGAAAUAUCCACACACAUCAUGGACAUUCCUCCACUACCACCCAUCACGCCCUCACCUUUCCCAACGACGUCGUGCCAGGCUUCCUCUACCUGGGCAACGUCUGGCAAGCGUCCCAGCCGGAAGUCCUUCGCAAGAUGGGCAUCACCCACGUCAUGUCCAUCUGCGAAAACGGCCCUUCCCACCCGAUGCCGCGCAUCACGUACAUGAACGUGCCUCCAGCAUCCCUCCACGAUGCGUUCGAUGGCGCGUACGCAUUCCUCAAGAAAGCGCGCAAGGCCGGCGGCAAGGUCCUGAUCAACUGCGUGAGUGGCGUGUCGGCGUCACCGACGCUUGCCGUGUACUACCUCAUGCGAUCGGAACGGAUCUCCCUCGUCCAAGCCUAUAACGACGUGCUCGCGUGCCGACCCCUUAUGUUCCCCAGUGUCACAUGCAUGCUCAUGCUCGUGGAAGCCGAGCUCUACCGGUGCGGCGUCGCGAGCAUCCAGAGCAAGGAAGCGAUGGACGCGCUCCAGGACGGCUCUCUGCGCGACGACACGCCAUGCCACCCGCAAAUGAAGCUAUCCGCCCAACUCUCCAUGUUCUUCUUGGGCCGAUGCAAUGAUCGGUACGUCCGGGAUAACAUGCACCAGUACUUCGGCGACUCGACUCGACGAUCGUCUUCGCUGGUGCGGUAGACGGAGGACAAUUCAUUAUUAAUAUUUAUUCAUUGUGGGACGGCCAAGAUAAAUAAUGGUUCCAUGAAUAUUAAUACUAAUUCGUUAGGUAUCCAAUAUUUAUGGGAUGAUGUUGUUAAGUUAUAAUCACAGUAACUUCCAG